GGCCCUGGGUGAUGAGGAAUGAGGGAGGGUGAACUUCCCCUCAGAGAUUCUGGUGGGGGAAAUAUGCUUUGCGUCAAUAAAACUGUGCAGGUGCACAGUCAAGAACAGAGGCUGGGAAAAGCAAGGAAGUAUCUUGGAGAUGACUUGUGAACUGCUGAAACAUUUGACUGAGGAAAGAGGCUCCAAUUUAAUGUUGGGCUUCAUCAUCAGGCCUCCUCACCAGCUCCUGUCCCUUCUUUUGUGUCCUGGACUCCGGAUACCUCGACUCUCAGUACUUUGUGCUCAGCCCAGACUCAGAGCCAUGGCUGUCUCCUCUUCCGCCUGGGAACUACCCCUGGUGGCUGUGUGCCAGGUAACAUCGACACCAGACAAGAAACAGAACUUUAUAACAUGUGCUGAGCUGAUUCGGGAGGCUGCCAGACUGGGCGCUUGCCUGGCUUUCCUGCCUGAGGCAUUUGACUUCAUUGCACGGGACCCUGAAGAGACGCUUCACCUGUCUGAGCCACUGGGUGGGAACCUUUUGGGAGAAUAUACCCAGCUUGCCAGGGAAUGUGGACUCUGGCUGUCCUUGGGUGGUUUCCAUGAGCGUGGCCAAGACUGGGAGCAGACUCAGAAAAUCUACAAUUGUCAUGUGAUUCUGAACAACAAGGGGUCAGUAGUGGCCACGUAUAGGAAGACGCAUCUGUGUGACGUAGAGAUUCCAGGGCAGGGGCCUAUGCAUGAAAGCAACUCUACCAUACCUGGGCCCAGUCUUGAGUCUCCUGUCAGCACACCAGCAGGCAAGAUUGGUCUAGCUAUCUGCUAUGACAUGCGGUUCCCUGAACUCUCUCUGGCAUUGGUUCAGGCUGGAGCAGAAAUACUUACCUACCCUUCAGCAUUUGGAUCUGUUACAGGCCCAGCCCAUUGGGAGGUGUUGCUGCGGGCCCGUGCCAUUGAAAGCCAGUGCUACGUAGUGGCGGCAGCACAGUGUGGACGCCACCAUGAGAAGAGAGCAAGUUAUGGCCAUAGCAUGGUGGUAGAUCCCUGGGGAACAGUGGUAGCCCGCUGCUCUGAAGGACCAGGCCUCUGCCUUGCCCGAAUUGACCUCAGUUAUCUGCGACGGUUGCGCCAACACCUGCCUGUGUUCCAGCACCGUAGGCCUGAACUCUAUGGCCAUCUGGGUCACCCACUGUCUUAAGACUUUUGACUUCUGUCCGUUGAGACCCCCAUUGUGAGCUGGUGUUGCUGUGACUUGUAGGCAGGACCCAGGUGCAGCUCCCCUCACUUGGAGAACCUUGUCUCUCUUGCCGGAACACAGGCUCAGCUUCUUAGGAAAGAAGAAACUUUCACCUGAGCUCAGAUUUCAAUUUCAGAAAGGUGGAAUUUUAUAUAGUCACUGUUUAUUUCAUGAAAAUUGAAGUUAUGCUGAGGGCUGAGCAGCACUGGCAAUGAAAAAAAUAUAAUAAUCAUAAAGUCUGUGUCUGGAUAUCUCUUUUGGGAGCUGAAAGGGAAGGUGGUAUUGUACCAGCUGGACUAGACUCCAGUUCUAGGCCUCCUGACUCAUUCAACAUGCCUCCCUAUCUAAAUAAAAGUGCGACACUCAGUGCAUGUCCCAACCCCAUGCUCCCAAGCUUGGGGGUGGGACUGGGGGUAGAGGAUGGGGAAAGAAAAAGAAGAAAGGAAUUGAUAUUGAAUCAUUUCACUUUCACCUAUGAUGCCCUUUGCCCAAGCCAGAAGAAAGCAAAGGGGAAAAGGGCUGCAGGGUACAGUAUUUAUUUUCACUUGAACAUGGAAAGAAAGUGUCACACUCCCCCUUCCCCUUUUUAGGGGGAGUGUAUUUUAAUCAGCAACCUCUUCUCCAUCCACCCUGCGUAUGUGUGCACACACACACCACAGUUGGGAGGGUGACUCGGCUGACCUAGUCCGCUUACCUAUUACUCCUUUGAAGAGGGUUUGACAAAGAGGGAAAAGGAAGGAGCCACACCAGGCCGAGGUUUCAAGCCAUGGAAUGGAGGAAACGAGGCAGAGAGGAGCAGCACCAGAGGCCAGGAGAGAGUGGAAAGGGCCACAGCUUCUUUGUUUUUUAAAAAUUCUAUAAUUUGGGAGAGGGUGGUGAUUAAUUUCCAAAAUACACUUCAGAGUCCCACCUUCCACACAGCUCCCUACUGACAGCCCUUUGGUUUCUCAGACAAAAUUUAAGAGCCCUCAUAAAGCCAGAAGUACUGAUAACCCCUCAAUGCACCCAAAAGCAGUGAUCACUUCAAUCCCUUACAAAGACUAUGUUCUAUAGACUUUGCUUCUCCCUAUACAUUUGUCUUACGGCUCAGUGGCAAGGUGGCUGUAGAGACACACAUGAUGGGGGUAAGUGGAAAAGGGAAACAAAGGGAAGCCCAGGCACAUGGGUGCAGGGAGGAGUGGGGAACACCACUUCCAUUUUUCAUUUGUCUUUUCCUUUAAAAAAAAAAAAAA